CACCCUAAGCCUCAGUGCCCAGACUUUCGGCCGCACCGGAGCCGGCCCUCCUUUUGCCCUCGCCGGGAUCCACAAACCACCCCACACCCUGGCACCUGUAACUCAUGCCCAAGUCUCCGACCCUGCUCAGCAGCCGAUUGGGUUACUUUCGGGAGCGGGAGAGCGGAGGCGGAGCUCCCCGCCUCCAACCCCCGCUCGGAGGUGGCCGGAGGGAUGGGCCGAGGGCGGGAUCCCGCCUGUGCCCAAUUAGCCAGGCGCGCAGCGCUAGCGAGCGCAGUUACAGCGGGUCUCCUGCCGCCAAAGCCUCAAGAACCCCAGAUUUCAGCGCCCCAAGCCUGGAAGCUCCCCAGUUCUUCGUGGCCCCCAACAGCUCCGGAACCCCAGCCGCUGCAACUCUCCGCGUCCGAAAUCCAGCACCCCGCAGUCUGCGCUCGCACCAUGCAGCUAAAGUGUCCCUGUUUUGUGUCCUUGGGAACCAGGCAGCCUGUUUGGAAGAAGCUCCAUGUUUCUAGCGGGUUCUUUUCUGGUCUUGGUCUGUUCUUGCUGCUGUUGAGCAGCCUCUGUGCUGCCUCUGCAGAGACUGAAGUCGGUGCAAUGGUGGGCAGCAAUGUGGUGCUCAGCUGCAUUGACCCCCACAGACGCCAUUUCAACUUGAGUGGUCUGUAUGUCUAUUGGCAAAUCGAAAACCCAGAAGUUUCGGUGACUUACUACCUGCCUUACAAGUCUCCAGGGAUCAAUGUGGACAGUUCCUACAAGAACAGGGGCCAUCUGUCCCUGGACUCCAUGAAGCAGGGUAACUUCUCUCUGUACCUGAAGAAUGUCACCCCUCAGGAUACCCAGGAGUUCACAUGCCGGGUAUUUAUGAAUACAGCCACAGAGUUAGUCAAGAUCUUGGAAGAGGUGGUCAGGCUGCGUGUGGCAGCAAACUUCAGUACACCUGUCAUCAGCACCUCUGAUAGCUCCAACCCGGGCCAGGAACGUACCUACACCUGCAUGUCCAAGAAUGGCUACCCAGAGCCCAACCUGUAUUGGAUCAACACAACGGACAAUAGCCUAAUAGACACGGCUCUGCAGAAUAACACUGUCUACUUGAACAAGUUGGGCCUGUAUGAUGUAAUCAGCACAUUAAGGCUCCCUUGGACAUCUCGUGGGGAUGUUCUGUGCUGCGUAGAGAAUGUGGCUCUCCACCAGAACAUCACUAGCAUUAGCCAGGCAGGACCCAAGACUGUACAGCUUGAACUUACAGACCACGCCUGACAGGACUCUGCCCAGGAUAUGGACAGGGUUUCUGUGAGUUGCCACCAGGUGGAUGUCAGACACAACUUCAGAGUGGACCCCCACAGGCCUGGUGACAGAGGACAACGAGCUGUCUGCUUAUGGGCUGUGAUGGAGGCCAGGAAUCCCUGGCUUUACGAGGCACAGAGACUUCAUCCCAGAAACCCCGAGGGAGAUCUCUCCAGUGGGCAGCAGCAACAUCAUCGGAAUAUGGAGCCUCCGGUGAGCUGUCGGCACAGAGAGCAGCAGCUUGUGAGAAGAUCCUUCCUUGGCACGUUACUACUCAGGCCUAGGAGCUUUAUAAAAGAGCGUUUGAGCCACUCUGAAAGCCCUACAGAGUCUACUGGAGACUUUCCCUGCAGGACCUUCAGUUGGGGAGGAAGCCUGACUUUAUUUAGGUCUCAGGCUACUUGGGCCUCUUCGAGGAUAUGUGGGAUUUUGUCUACUGCAAACCUGUUUCUGGCUGACAAUGGUUGGGCUCAGAGGCACUCAGCUUCACAACAUCAAUGGGACACGCCUCAUCCUUGACUUCCUGUGGCUACAGAAGCUUUCCGAAAGCCUUGAGCUCUUUCAGACUGAACAGCUCUGCCCAGUCUCAGCAGCCCAUGAAGAUCUCAACUCCAGCUUCCUGGGUCUCCGUGUUGCUGGCCAGAAUAGAGCUAGCUCUUUUGUUUCAAGAUGGUUCUGCAAAGUUGGCUGCUUGGAAACCUAGGGAUGUAUGUACAAGCUCCAGGCUGAUGCAGUAGGGGGCACGGACUCCCCGAUGGAACACAGUAUCUGACCCUAGGUGAGGGCAAGCUCCUUCCCACGCAGAGGACUGGAAAUUCUGGACCGUCAAGGCCUGUCUGCUAUGUGGCUGGGGCUCAGUGCUGAUGGAUGUGUGAGAUCUCAGGAAUGAGGAGUGAGAACCCUGGGCUCAGGACUAGGAAGACCUGUCCAUUUUUUUUUUUUUUUAAUGCCCACAUGGACUUUUUAUUCUUCACACCGAUGUAUUCAAUGAGUGUAGAGAGAACUACUUAAGUCCUUCCCGAGUACAAAGCAUUACCUACCUGCAGAAUAGCAACUGUUGUUAUGGGUCUUGAGUUGGCAGCUACAGCAAACAAGCACAAGGAGCAGUUGGGGUGCAAGAAGAUGGGGUGCAGCGCCCCCAAGGACAGACAUUUGGGAAUUAGUGGUCUCCCUGAUGCCCAUAGUUCCCCAGGAACUCAGGUGGGUCUGCGGCAGCACAGUAGGAGUAUUCCUCCUACUUUAACUUUUCUUGUCAGACGUAGUUUAGGUUCAGAAAGAGGUCAACUCAGCAAGCCAGCUAGCCGCCUUGGGGCACCAGACACACUGCCCCCCACCCCCUGCUUAUGUAGGCAUUGGGAACCCUUCACAGACCACUGGCUGUACAGUCACCAUCACCUGCUGAUUCCAGCAGGCCCCCACCUUCUUGUGGAAUCCUGGGAGCACUCCCCUCUUACCCCUCACUGCCCCCCACCCCCUGCACAUCAGCAUUCAUUAGAUUUGCCCUGUAACGUCUGAUUCCUCCUUUAUCUGGGUUGUAGAUGGGGCAUAGUGACUUCUAGAAACCUAACAAGGGAAUAAAUGUAAGAUGUGCUUUC